CCUAUAUCGGCGACUAUGACUCCUAGACACGCGGCCAACAGCACAUGUAGAACAGCGGCUCUCUGCUUCUUUACCAGUAACCAGUUCGCUGGGCCAGAAACUACGCUGGCAGAAGACAUCACGCACGCACUACAGGGCGCUUGGGCCAUCCGCCGGCACAUCUCCGAGAUUCCGGCGUUGGGAAAUCUGACAGCUCCGCAGGGCCAUUCCUUUUCUUGGAGCCGUUUGUGUCUGGCUUUGUCAAUAGUAUUGAUGUUCUUAAUUGCCUGCUUCCUGUAUCCAACCAGUAAGCUUCUGCCUUAUUUGCUGCAACUUUUAAGCAACUCUGAAGCAGACUCUUCACCGCCUCGAUUAAACACCGCGACAAACGGGGAAAUACACGGCUCUAUCUCGUAUUGUGCUCUGCUAUCUAGAUCCUGAAAAUAGGGAUAGAUUUUAGCCGCAAAACUACCUACCUACUACUGUAUAAAGGGGCGUCGCCCAGGCAGCCAGCUAAUCCCUACCCGUG